CUUAAAUAAAAUGGUGGGGAAAAUGGCAGGAAAGCAUCAAGUGAAUAAUAAUAAAAAAAAGCCUUGGGAUAACUGGAAAUUCAUUAUGCUUCAAGGUCACCUUUUUUUUUUUCUUUUCUUUCUUUCUUUUUUAGCCUCUGAUUAAGACGCGAUGGCAAAUAGCGAGAGUAUACCUACUUUUAGUUUUAGCUUACAAGAUAUUACAUCGGAAGAAUGGGACCCCCAAAUUGGGUGGGACGAUUCAAACCAAAACAACCAGAAUGGCUGGAAUCAACAGCAACAACAACCACAAAUCACUUGGAAUCAACAACAACAACAACAGCCACAGCAAAGUAGUUGGAAUCAACAGUAUCAACAACCUCAGCAGCAAUCACAGCAGCAAUCACAGCAGCCUCAGAGCCGUUGGAGUCAACCUCAACCUUCUCAAAACAAUAAUCCACAAGGCAACUGGAAUCAACCUCAACAACAGCCUGCUCAAUGGUCUCAAUCACAGUCAGCUGAAGGUUCUUUUGGCACCCAACAAAGUAAAUGGGCUAGCGAUGAACCAUCACAGAGCCAAUGGAGCAAUAAUAAUGGGCAACAAUGGAGCCAACAGCCUCCUGCACCAGUAAACAAUACUCAAAGUAUAAUUGUAUACAUAUGAGUGUAUUACUAUUAGAUUAACAACAUAUGAUAGCUCCACAGGUGAUUGAUUUAGACUUUGGUGAGAUCACCAGAGAUCUCCAACCAGAUUCAGAGCCUAAUGUCAUUCGUAACUUGUUUGACAACCCUCACAAAGUCCGUGUUACAAUGAGUGAUAGCCAACUUGACCCCAAUUCACCUCUGUAUUCAGUUAAAAGCUUUGAACAAUUGGGGCUGUAGGAUG